AUGGAGAAGGGAGGCGUACCAACAGCGGUGCUCGAGGAGCUUCCGUCGACACCUGACAUCGAAAAGAGAUGGCAAGGCACCGAUGCUGACCGGCAUUACAUGCGCAUCAUUGGCCGGGCCCAGCAACUCCGAAGGAACUUCCGACACAUCUCCAUUCUCGGUUUUGGUUGCGUCCUAAUCUCAACAUGGGAAAUCAACAUCACGACGUUUGGGCUAGCAUUGUUGAAUGGCGGGACUGCCGGCCUGAUAUACGGCUUCAUCAUCGUGACUGUGGCCUAUGGAUUUGUGUACGCGAGCAUGGCGGAGAUGGCGUCUAUGUCACCUACUGCAGGAGGUCAAUACCAUUGGGUCAGCGAGUUCUCGCCAUCAUUCUGCCAGAAAUACCUUAGCUAUCUUAGCGGCUGGCUCUGCUUUACAGGCUGGCAGGCGGCUAUCGGCUCCAUAGCCUUCUUGAUUGGAACCACCAUUCAGGGCCUCGUCGUUCUAAAUCAUCCCGGAACAUACGCGUACGAGACGUGGCACGGCACGCUCAUAGUCAUCGCCAUCAUUCUCUUCGCAAUCAUCUUCAACACCAUUUUAGGUCCAAGGCUCCCGCUCGUGCAAGGCCUCGUAUUCCUCCUUCAUAUCUGCGGCUUCUUCGCUAUCAUUAUUCCACUAUGGGCGCUCUCACCGAAGAAACCUGCUCACGCCGUCUUUACGGAGUUUAGGAAUAAUGGUGGAUGGUCCACCGGGGCCCUGUCCUUCAUGGUUGGCCUCAUGCCGCUUUCAGGCUCCCUCGCCGGUAUUGAUUGUGUUGUGCACAUGGCUGAAGAAGUCAAAGACUCCUCCCGGGCUCUGCCUCUGGCGAUAUUGUCUUCACUCCCCUUGAAUGCUUCUUUCGGAUUCGUCAUGAUCAUCACACUGUGCUUCUGCGCGGUCGAUGUGGAUGGCAUUGUAGCAUCUCCAGUUGGAGUGGUUGGUUCUCCCUUUCUCCAGAUCUUCCAGAACGCAACAGGCAACCUUGCGGCGACGACGGUAAUGGCGAUAGUGCCACUGAUCUCACUCAUCGGAAGUGUGAUUGCGGAAGUGGCCACUGCCUCACGUCAGCUGUGGUCUUUCGCUCGGGACGGAGGUGUUCCAUUCUCCUCCUACAUCUCGCAGGUUGAUCGCCGCUGGGCCAUUCCGCUCAACGCUAUCCUGAUAUCCCUCAUCAUCAACUGUCUCCUUCCGCUCGUCAACAUUGGCUCCACCGCUGCUUUGAACGCGAUCUUCUCGCUUAGUGGCGUUAGCAUCCUUACCUCUUACAUACUCUGUAUCGGAUCUGUGCUCGUGAGGCGGCUGAAGGAGGAGCUGCCUGCGCGUCGUUGGUCAUUAGGGCGUGCUGGCCCGCUUGUGAAUGCUGCCGCUCUCUGCUUCUUGAUACCGCUCGCGCUCUUUCAAUUCUUCCCACCCGUCGUGCCGGUUGUGCCUACAAGUAUGAACUGGGGAUGCCUCAUGUAUGGGUCAAUGAUCCUUUUUGCGACAGUGUACUAUGCUGUUUAUGGGCGCAAGUUCUAUGUCCCCCCUGUCCAUCGUAUCAAGAGGGACGUAUAA